AAAAAGAUCUCAUUUUUAGUUUUGUCUACAUAUCCUGAGAGAAAAGAUUGUAACUGAUGCUACUAACUUAAUUAAAUCAAUCAUAUUUCGUAUCACAUCAAUUAUAGACCAAUGGCAAUCUGUUUCCCCCUUUUUCUUGUAUAUAAUUUUUACUGGGAAUUUUUGAAUGGUACUUAUAGGUACAUUAAACAUAUAUUACAUUUACACUAUACACACACACACAAAUGUUUAAUAUAUGUUAUUAUUUAAUUAUUUGCUAAACAAACUGGAAAAAUGCAUUGUUUAAUCAAUACUUUAAUGCUAUACUUGUGUUACUUCAUCUCUCUUCCUUUGUUUUUGUUUAGCUUUCCUUGAGUACAUUCAGUGCUUUUUUCCCCUUCUGUACCAUUUGCAAGGGUUCAGUGAUCUUGCAUUUGCAUUCCUGCACACAUAUUUGUGCAAUUUCCCAGUAAUUUACCACAUUUUAGUACAAUCUAAUGAUAUAAAGACAUUACGUUUCAGAAAUCAAUACUGAAAUUCUGGAGAAAACCUCCAAGAUCCCUUCCAACCUUAUGAUUCUAUGUUCGUAAUAGUAUUGUAAUAACUUGCAUUAAAAUGAAUAGUACUGUAAUAAUAUAUUAAAGCGCAUUGUCCAAGUGACAACAAGUAGAUUUUGUUAUAAGAGGAUUGUAUGCUGAUUUAAUAGAGAAUAUUUUUAACAUGCUUCAAGUUCAAACUGUCACAUCUAUAGUAAUUAUAGUAAUGAUAUAUUCUUUACUUAUGGGAAUAACACCCAAAUAAAUUACUAUUCUCCUUUUGGGACAUGAACCAAGGGUUGGAGAACAGAAGAAAUAACCAUUGUAUCAUUCUUAUUGCUACAUAAAAUGCAAUUUCCUAAGUAGAAAUUGGUGACAUCCUCAGCCUGGUCCCAACACAUCAUACAUACUGCCAUAAACAGCACAUCCUAAAGAACAAAAGUCAUGUUGUCUGGAAGCAAGCAUAAAAUCCAGCCCCUGUCAUACCACUGCUCUUUUGCCAUCACCAGUUUUAAGAAAUACCCAGCCAGUGGGAAGCGUCUAAAUACGUAGUCUGCUCCUUCUACAGUUUGCAGUCAUUUCAAUCCAAAAUAUUAAAGUUCUAGUUAACAAUAAAUAUUAUUCCACUUUUGGAAUGCAGAAAAUGAUUCAGGUUAAGGGGGGGAUCUCAAGGAAACUUGUAAGGACUUAUUUUUGUUCCUUUUUGGUGAGGAGGGAAAGGAAGCUGUGCAACAAGCAGAAAUUAAAAAAAAACUCUUUUCCCAAUACGGAAGUGUUAGCUGUUGAACUUUUAACUGUUCUAAAGUUGAUGAAACAUGCAUGGGUUGCUAGAACAAACAGGUGAAGCCCGCCUGAACUAUGAGUCACCUGUAAAGUUACAUUCUGAGUGGCCUGUGUGGCAGAUGAAUAUGAAGAGGGCAGUGUUCAGGUGACAUCAGAGUCUGUUCAAUAUCCAAGUACUUCCCAGAACAAUCACAAGUACAUACAUAAAGAAUGAUGUAAUACGAUAGCUAAUCAAAAUGGUUAUAAAUGUUCCUCCUGUGCCUUUAACAGCCACAUAGGUAAUUGUAUAAAAAUCAGGUGGUGAAACUCCAUGAUUAAUUCUUCAGACCUAAAAAAAACCCUUGAAUUUUCCUAUUUAAGUGAGACUGUGACAAAAACAAUCUAUGUUAUCUGAAAACCUUCUCUGCUUUUCAAACAGCAAAUUGGUUUACCUUUCAGGUCAGUGGAAUCAAGUGUUUUUCUACAAAUACAGCCUCUCUUAUUUUGAAGGAAAAUCUGUCAGACAGUAGUUGGUGUAAGGUUUAUUAUUACAAUAGGAAUUAUUCUCUUGUCCUCCUAAACUGGGAUUAAAAAAUAAGCAGUUAUACCAAUUCUUGGUUGUACUGCUUCUUUAGAAUUUACUAAUUAAGGAGGUAAGGUUUGAAAAGAACACAAUUUAGUGAGCUUGGUUAUUUUGUUUACUUUAUCAAGUAGUGUGAGAGCCAGGAUGUAUGAUGUUUGUAAUCAGAAAAAUAGGGUUAGGUAAAUCAUGAUUUACAAACAAAGGCAACGUCACUUAGGCUGAGUUUAUGGAUGUAUUUAUGAAUAAUAAGGUUGGCCUUUUAGACAUGGUUUGUUGAACAAACCCAUGACUUGAUCUGCAUGCAACGUUAAGCGACAACAGGCCAGUUAGCACGUCCUUCUCCGUCAAAGGGAACCACGUAAUUGCUUAAUAGUUACGGCGUGUCAAUUAAUUGGAUUGAGUAAAAUCUUGAUUGACUUAACCGCGGGUACGUGUGUCACGCUAAGUCGAAAGAAAUAGCGUUUGCCCAACCAUAGUCCUGGGGACUACUACCAUGGCUGGCUGAAGCGACCCACAUUUUUUCUCCCAGGGUUCACACGACAUACACCGAACCAUAAACGGGGUUCACACUACCCCCCCCCGAACCCUCGGGUGGUAAUGGGUUUUUGGCAGGUUCGUCGUUCCGAGGCAGACGCAGCCAUCCCUCGUUGCCUUUUCAGCACACACACACAUGUAAUCAGGAGAAGCUUCGCUCAAAAUCACCGCGCCGACAAGACGGCCGCCAGCCUCCCACCCGAGAGAAAGUUGGCGUGAGUAACUCCUUCGCGGGGAACCACGUGGGGCCGCAUUUCCCGGAUCUCGCCUCGGAGGAGUUUCAGAGCCACCCCGCGGCGCUUGCAAGGCGCUUCUCUCGCUGCUGCUGCCGCUGCCGCCGAUCUUCCCUCCCUCCGCCAGUCUUUCCUUCCAAGAGCCGGAAGUGAGCGCGGUGGCGGCGGCGGCGGCGGUGGCUGCUGCUCCAGCCCUCCUAGCACGGAGAGUCAAAGAGGCGGCGAUGCCGAAAGCGAAGAAGGGGGUUUGCCAAUAACUUUUGUCCGCGGCGAGGACUAUGGGAAAUGGCUGCAGGAGCUGCGGCGGCGGGUACUUUGGGAUGGAUGCGCGCUGAGUAUUACACAUUCCUUCAGUCUGCCCAGCUUUGGUGGGAAUAAUGGAAGAAAGCUAGAACUCUGUGAUGACAACCCAGCCUGCUUCCCUAAAGGCCUUAAGCAGAAUCACCCCUGACAGAAUGGCCCAGAUAUCUAGCAGCGAUGAAUUUAAACAACGUUCAUCACCCAUUUUGGAUCCAGCAAGACCCAAAGACGUGGACAAAGAAGAAGCGCUGCAGAUGGAAGCUGAAGCUCUGGCUAAGAUGCAAAAAGAAAGAGUAGUGGUUGGCAGUAGACAAAAGAGUGACACCUUAAGCUACUCUUGGCCAAGUGUACAGUCCUGCAGAAAACAAGAUCAUGAUCUUAUGGUGUUUCCAGAGUCUGAUGGCAAGAAGAAGGUGGAUGAUAAGUUAAAUUCAAUCGACAUAGACAAACUUACACGUGCUGAAUUAGAGAAAAUUCUUUUAGAAGAAAAUCUUGAAUCCAACAAACCAUCUACAUUGUCAGCCCCUCAGAUUCUUGGAGCAUCAUCUUCACAAUUUUAUUCUCACCCUGUUGCUCAAAGAGGGCAGUGGACCUCUAGUUUGCCUGGGUCUUCCACUAGUGCCGGAUCUUCUGUUUACCCUGUACCUUCCUUCAAUAAACAAGUUGGUAUCUUUCAGAAUGGCUUUCAUCCAAGUGUAUCCGCUUACCAAUCUACAAAGCCUGCCUAUCUUUGUCUUCCAGAAAGAUCUCAAUACAUUUCAUACCCCCUGCCAUUUGCUUCAACUUUCCAUCCUCAGGGAAGUGUACCCAUGUAUCAUUCGACACUUACUCCUGAAAUGGCAAAAGUAUUUGAUAAGAUUGCAAGUACUUCAGAAUUUCAAAAAAAUGGGAAAUCAAAGACAGACUUAGAAAUGACUGGUGCUAAACCUACUAUUAGUUUGCCAAUUUCUGAAAGCUCCAAUGAUAUUAGUAAAUUUGAUUGGUUGGAUUUAGAUCCUUUGAGUAAACCAAAGGUGGACAAUAUAGAUAUAUUUUAUACUUCAGAAGAUGGAGGAAAGAUAACUAAUGCUAAAGUUGUAGAAGAUCCUUGGGAUGCUGUGCUACUAGAAGAGAAGUCUCCAGGAAAGAGCCAUCUUGAAAGAAAACUUAGUGGGAAAUCUGCUUCUGGGGCAACAGUUACAAGAAGUCAGUCUUUAAACAUUCGAACUGCUCAGCUUGCUAAAUUACAGGGCCAAACUUCACAGACAGACAAUGGGACCAGUAGCUUGCCAGCAGAAAACAAGCUUCUAAAAAAUGUUGAAUGGCAAAAUCAAGAACAAGCAGCAUUUUGUGAUGCCAUUGCAAAAUUAAGGACCAAGUUUCCUCAUACCAAGAUGAAUACAAACUUGGGUUUUGUGUUGAGUCCGGUCAUGUUGCAAAGAAAUGUAAGUGGAGAGAACUCCAGCAUCAAGAUUUCAAUAGAAAUUGGGGGUUUUCAACAGCCAGUGACAUUCACAUGUGAUGUGAGUUCUCCAGUUGAACUUAUAAUAAUGCAGGCUCUUUGCUGGGUACAUGAUGACUUGAACGACGUAGAUAUUGGCAGUUACAUUUUAAAAGUUUGUGGACAAGAAGAAGUUUUACAGAACAAGCAUUGUGUUGGAAGCCAUGAGUAUAUUCAAAACUGCCGAAAGUGGGACACGGAGAUUAAUUUACAGUUAUUAACUAAUAAUGAUAUUUGCAGAAAUCUUGUACGAACAGAAGAUGAUGAUGGGACAACAAUAGAUUUGACAAAACAUCUCUGCCAUGUAGAAAAGCUUUUCAGAGAGACCAUUCAGAGCCACUCUCUUGAAGAACUAUUAGAAGCUUAUCACUAUCAAGUUGACAUACUGCUUAAAAAUAAGAAUCGGUUUAAAGCAAUGGAACCAGUCAUUAAAGCCGUCAGAAAAAUUUGCUAUUCAUUAGACGGGGUAGAGACUCCAGCAAUUACUGCAGCUGUAAAGAAUCUAAGAAGAACAGUUAACCUUCCAGGGAACAAGAGCCCUGAGGGCUCUAUAAUAUCGUCUGAUGACACUAGCAAGAAUCCAGUUGCUUCUAUGCAAUCUGAAAAUCCUCUUCAAAUGAGCAUAGAUGAGCUGACCUCUGCUGUCCAUGCUCUUCUUCAACUCUACUUGAACUCAUACCACAGUCCUUCAUUAAGCACUCCAAGGACUACGAAAAGCACUAAAGAAGCAUGGACUGCCACAGAGCAUCUCCAGUUCACCAUAUUUGCUGCUCAUGGAAUUCCCAAUAAUUGGGUUUCAGUUUAUGAAAAAUAUUAUCUGGUUUGCUCUUUGACCCAUAAUGGAAAAGAUCUCUUCAAACCAGUGCAGUCCAAGAAGGUUGGCACAUAUAAGAAGUUCUUCUAUUUGAUUAAAUGGGAUGAAUUAAUAAUUUUUCCCAUCCAGAUUUCUCAGUUGCCAGUAGAGUCCAUCCUAUGUCUUACUCUUUUUGGUAUUUUAAAUCAAAAUGGGGGUAAUUCACCAGAUUCAAAUAAACAGAGAAAAGGCCCAGAGAGGUUGAGUCAGGUUUCUUUACCGCUCUUUGACUUUGAACGAAUGUUAACAUGUGGGACAAAACUUUUACAUCUUUGGAUACCUCCUCAAAACUUAAAUACUGUCUCUGGAGUAGCUCAUAAAAAGGGAAACCUAAUGCAAAGGAUAAUGUUACAGGUUGACUUCCCUUCUUUACCAUUUGACAUUAUAUACAAAAUUCCUCAGGCUGCAAACAAUUCAACAUGUAAUUCUAUAGACACAUUGGAAAAAGAUUCAAGGGAGCGUCUCCUUUCCAUUAUUUCCAAAGAGGGUACAUAUGGAUUAUCUAGGAAAGAUAAGGCAUUUUUAUGGGACAAGCGACAUUAUUGUUACACACAUGCAGGCAGCCUGCCCAAGAUACUGGCUAGCGCUCCAAACUGGGAUUUGACCAAUCUUCCUGAAAUAUAUUUGCUACUUCAACAGUGGCCUCCUUUACCUCCACUUACCGCAUUAGAAUUGCUGAACGCAAAUUUUGCUGAUCAAGAAGUAAGAACAAAAGCUGUACAGUGGAUUGAGGCAAUAAACGAUGAUGAACUUGCUGACAUUCUUCCCCAGUUUGUUCAGGCAUUAAAAUAUGAAACGUAUCUGGACAACUCUUUAGUCAGAUUCCUCUUGGCCCGAGCACUAGGAAAUAUUCGAAUAGCACACUAUCUAUAUUGGUUACUAAAAGAUACCUUGCAUGAUACCAAACACGGAAUAAGAUAUGAGCAUAUCCUUGGUGCCUUCCUUUCCAUCUGUGGCAAAAGUCUGAGAGAAGAGCUGGAAAGGCAGUCAAGACUUGUGCAGCUCUUAGGAAUGGUUGCAGAAAAAGUCAAGCAGACGAGUGGAUCAGCCAGACAGAUGGUUCUGCAAAGUGGAAUGGAACGUGUCCAGUCUUUUUUCUUGAAAAACAAAUGCCGCUUGCCUCUCAGCCCCAGUCUUGUAGCUAAAGAAUUGAAUGUGAAGGCAUGUUCCUAUUUCAGUUCUAAUGCAGUUCCUCUUAAAAUUGCUUUGGUGAAUGCAGACCCUUUGGGAGAAGAAAUUAAUGUAAUGUUUAAGGUUGGAGAAGAUCUGCGCCAGGAUAUGUUGGCGUUGCAAAUGAUAAAAAUCAUGGAUAAAAUCUGGUUACAGGAAGGACUGGAUUUAAGGAUGGUUAUGUUCAAGUGCCUGGCCACUGGCAAAGAUAGAGGAAUGGUAGAACUUGUUCCAGCUUCAGAUACUCUUAGGAAAAUUCAAGUGGAGUAUGGAGUGACAGGAUCCUUUAAAGAUAAGCCUCUUGCAGAAUGGCUAAGAAAAUACAACUCUACAGAAGAAGAAUAUGAAAAGGCUUCUGAAAAUUUCAUCUAUUCCUGUGCUGGAUGUUGUGUGGCUACUUAUGUUCUAGGUAUCUGUGAUCGCCACAAUGAUAACAUAAUGCUUCGAAGUACAGGACAUAUGUUUCAUAUUGAUUUUGGAAAAUUCUUAGGCCAUGCUCAGAUGUUUGGAAGCUUUAAGAGGGAUCGGGCUCCUUUUGUGCUGACAUCAGAUAUGGCUUACGUUAUCAAUGGUGGAGAAAAGCCCACAAUUCGUUUCCAGCUGUUCGUUGAUCUCUGCUGCCAAGCUUAUAAUCUAAUCAGAAAACAAGCCAACCUUUUCCUUAAUCUGCUGUCACUGAUGAUGUCUUCUGGUUUGCCAGAACUUUCUGGAGUUCAAGAUCUCAAAUAUGUCCAAGAUGCUCUUCAGACGCAAACUACUGAUGCUGAGGCUACCAUUUUCUUCACAAGGCUAAUUGAGUCAAGUUUGGGAAGUGUUGCUACAAAGUUCAACUUUUUUAUUCACAACCUUGCUCAACUGCGUUUCUCAGGGUUGCCUUCUAACGAUGAGCCAAUUCUAUCUUUUUCACCCAAAACAUACUCACUCAAACAAGACGGUCGUAUCAAAGAAGCAUCUGUUUUUACCUACCACAAGAGAUACAACCCAGAUAAAUAUUAUAUCUAUGUGGUCAGAGUUUUGAGAGAGGGGCAAACUGAACCCAUAUUCAUUUUUCGCACAUUUGAUGAGUUUCAGGAGUUACACAACAAGCUUGGGAUCCUAUUACCUCUUUGGAAAUUACCAGGCUUUCCUAGUAAGAUGGUUCUAGGAAGAACUCACGUGAAGGAUGUAGCAGCCAAGAGGAAAGUAGAGCUAAAUAGCUACAUACAAAGUUUAAUGAAUAUAUCAACAGAUGUAUCGGAGUGUGACCUCGUUUAUACUUUCUUCCAUCCCUUACCUCGUGAUGAAAAAGCUGAAGGAAUUGAUGGAAUAACUAGGUGUACAGAUACAGGCCCUUCAAGUCCUACCUCAGGCAAAGUAGGAGGAGAAGUUAAGUUGUCCAUCUCCUAUAGAAAUAAGACUCUGUUUAUCAUGGUGAUGCACAUUAAAGAUUUGGUUACUGAUGAUGGUGCAGAUCCUAACCCAUAUGUAAAGACGUAUUUGCUUCCAGACAUGCAUAAAACUUCUAAACGGAAAACCAAAAUAUCACGGAAAACUAGAAAUCCAACAUUCAAUGAAAUGCUUGUGUACAGUGGAUAUAGCAAAGACACACUCAAGCAAAGGGAACUUCAGCUAAGUGUACUCAGUGCUGAAUCUCUGCGUGAAAACUUUUUCCUGGGUGGUAUCACUCUUUGUUUAAAGGAUUUUAACUUAAGCAAGGAGACUGUGAACUGGUACAGGCUUGCUGCUGCACCAUACUUAUGAACCUGACAACUUGCAGAGCAGAAGACAUGAACUAAAUAAUCUUAACUCCAUUUGUAUAUGAUCACUUCCCUCUACUUGAAGAUAAUCCAUACACUUUAGCUUGAAACACUGCAAUUUGGUGGAUUAUAGUUGGACCAGCCUUAGCAAAACUUUACACAAGACUUCUGGCAAGUCAUCUGCUUUAUCCUUUAACCGCAAUAAUAUCUCAGCAUUGAUGUAUAUGAAUUGUAUAAAUGUAAUGCUUGUUAUAAAUGCAGUUCUGAAUAUGAAGAAAUGUUUCAAAUUCAAUAUGAGGGGGUUAUCCUGAAUUCAUUUCAAUCUCAUUUGAAUUAUUUGCCUUUUGAUAUACUUCAAACUUUAUAAUUAUGGUCUUUAUAAUUUAUAAUUAUAAAGAUUUUAUAAUUCUGCUCUCAGCACAUACAGCAGCACAGUUUAAAAUAUGAUCAUGACAACAUUAUUUUUCAGUCUGUUAAAAGGGAGGCCCAAAUAGGAGGAUAGAAAUUCAGUAUAGCAAUCAGCCUUAUGAUUCAUAAAGCUGCUUAGAGGCCAUUAUUAGAAUGAGUGCCAAUAAUUGAAAUUAAAUUAUAAAUAAUGGUGCCUUAUUUUGCUGCUCAUACCUCAUUUCUAAUAUUCAAAACAUUUUCCAGUGCUAAAUGUUAAACUUGCUAAAAAUGUUUAUGUGGAUCACUAUAUAAAUUCUUUAUUUCCCCUUUCAAUUUAGAUCCACUUUAGGUCAGAUUCAUUUAAAAAAUCUUAUCAGGUUUAUGAACUACAAGUACUGUAUGAAUGCAGAUGCAAUUGAUUUUACGCCAUGGUUUGC